AUGAAUAAUAUACACUUAAGUAUUUAUAUAUUUACUUUUUUCCUUUUACAAAUAUUCUUAAAAAAUAUUGUAUCAGAAAAUGUUACAUCUAUUAAAGAAAAAAAGAGCAGAAGUUCAAGUACUAUAAAUACUGUAGAGUCAUUAGUGGAAAAUAUUUUAGAUGUUGUUCAAUUUUUAGAAGAUGUAAAUAAUUACGUUAUUGAUUUUAAGAAGGAAAUGUUAGGUAAAUUAGAGCUAUUAGUACAUCAUGAUUCAAAUUUGUAUGAAACUUAUGAGUAUAACGAAAAUAUUCUAAAUCAAAUAUAUUCCUAUAAUGAGAGUAAAUUGAAAAGAUAUUACGAAUACAUAAAAAAUGUGAAAACAGAAAAACUAAAAAUGUUUAAUGAUACUAUAGACAAUUUUCACAAGGAAAAUAUUUUUUAUCUAAACUUUAUUUAUAAGAAUCUUCUUACAAAAAUUGAUUUAAUAAGUGAUUUAAAUAAAAAGGAAUUGAAUGAAGAAAAAAAAAAAAAUUUAAUGGAAUUAACAGAAUAUUUUGAUAGUUUAAAAAAGGAAAUGUUAAAAAUGCAAAAUAAAUUUAAUGAAAUAAUAGAGGAAGAAUAUGCAACAAUAAAAAAUGCAAAUAUCAAUUAUUUAAAAUCAUUAGAAGUUUUUAUAGAUGAAUAUUUAAGAUCAAGUAAUAAUUUUGAUGCAUUUUCUAGUUAUGUGAUAAACGAUUUUUUAUUAAGUGAUAAAAAAAUAAAUGUUUUAAAUUAUGAUAAUAAUUCUUUCUUUAAAAGUAAUUUUAUGAGUUUUAAUUUCUUAUUUAAUUUCAUUAAAGAAAUAAAAAAUGAAAAAAAUUUUAAUGUGUAUAUAUAUUUAAAAGAUCCUAUAAUUGAAGGAAAUGAAUUAUCAUAUUUAAAUUAUUAUGUUGUUAUUGAUUUAAAUAUUAUUGAUGUUAUAAUAAAAAAUGUUGAAAUAAUAAAAAAUAAAAAUAAAUAUAAAAAAAAAGAAAUAGAUGGUGUAUUAAUAUGUAUUGAUAAUUAUAUAGUAAAAUAUAACAUUUUAUCAAGUAAUGUAUAUUUAGAUAUGCAAAUGAAUAUUAAACCAUUUUUCCAUAACAAGAAAUAUAAGGAAUAUAAUUAUAAUAAAAUAAAAGAAAUAUCUCAAUAUUUGGAAAAACAAUAUAUUUUAAAUUAUAAGAAUACUGUUUUUAAUGAUGAUUUCUAUAAAUACAAUAUUGAAAAUACAAUAAAAGAUAACGAAUAUAUUUUAAAUAGAUCUGUAUAUAUAAAGAAAAAGAAUAUCUUCUUUGAUUCAGAAAAAGAGUAUUAUAAAAAAUUCUUGUCAUUAUAUACAUAUGGAGAAAUUUUAAAUAUAGUGUGUAAUAAAAUAUAUACCUGUAAUAAAAGUAUGAUUAAUACAUUGAACGAAAUAAAUAAAAAUACUUUUGUUUUAGAAAGUCAUUUGAAAUUAAAAAAUGAAUUGAAGAAAUUUUUUGAAUUGAAACAAAAUGAAUUAUUAAAAUAUAAAGGUAAAGAAGAUUCAUGUUUAAAUAAUAAUCUGUUAAUAAAUAAUUCCAAUAAUUAUAAUAAUAAUUCAGACAAAUGCUAUGUAGAUAAUAAUAAUAUAUUUAAUGGUUAUAGUUGUUUAAAAUCACUUAACACUAUUCCUAUAUCAAAUAAAAGUGGUGAAUUUAUCAAUAUGGAUAAUAUUGACGAUUAUUUAAAUACUUAUUAUGUUUCUUAUCAAGAAUCUUUUAAAGUUUCAAAAAAAGAACAAUACUAUUCUAUUUUAUAUCAUAUUUUUGAAAGUUAUAUUAAUAAUAUAGAUUCAGAUAAUAUGAAGAAUAGAUAUCCCAAUGUAAAAAAUAAAAAUAUUUCUAUAAAUUAUCUAGGAGUAUUACCAGAAAUAAUAAAAGUUUAUAAAACAUUCAAAUAUUGUGAUUCUUUAUAUACAUUAGCAAACAGUUAUAUUGAAAAAAUUCCAAAUGAUUUUAAUAUAGAAAAUGAAAUAGAAAAUGAAAAUAGUGAAAAUGAACAAAAUAACGAAAACGAUGAAAUAACAGAUGAAUCGAAUUUUUUAAAAAAGCAAAAUCAGAAAUAUAUGCUUUUAUUUCAGCGACAUUUACAAGAGGAAAUUAAAUUUAUUAAUUUUUUUGAAAUUUUAGUAAAAAAGAAAUUAGGACUUAUUCUAGAAGAAAAUGAAUAUUUAAAAUUAUAUAUUUUUUAUGGAAAAAAAAAUAUACCUAACUUACCAUUUACACCAUUAUUUUUUAGUUGUAGAACAAUUAUCAAGGUAGAAGUGUUAAGAGAUGUAGAUACAAAACAAAUUAUUUAUUCUAGUCGCUCUUUUUUUUUAGAAACUUUAGUAACAUUAAAAGAGUACAAAAUUAAAAAUGAAAGUGCCUAUAUAACUAUUGAAACUUCCAAUGAAAAAAAAUCCACAAAGAAAAGAUUAAAAAUGGACAUCUUAAAUAAAAUAUCCCCUAUGUCACAGAUAAAUGCUUAUAUUAUUUCUAGUAAAGGUAGAGAGAAAGUUUAUCACAAAGGAAAUGUUUAUCAGAGAUCAGCUACAGAUAUAAAACAUGUUAUUAGCGAUAUAAGAAACGAUUUUUUAAAUAUUAUUUUGCCGCAAUACAAUUUAUUUGAUUUAUUUGAUAAUUAUGUAUACAUAAUAAUUUGUUUAAAAAAUGAAAACUGCUAA